GUCCCUAGUCCUUGACUGACUGAUUUUGAUUGACUUUUGACAAUUUGUCUUGUCCAUUUAAUUUGUUUUUUGUUUAGCUGAAACUAGAAAGUGCUUUAUAGUGUUUUAGAUAAUUACAGUACGGUGCAAUUUAUAUAAUAAAUUUCACGACCGGCAUCUCAUACGUGCUUAUAAAAUGAUGGACUGUGUGGAAGAAACCAACCAUGAUCCCCUCUCAGCCCCAGCAGUUACAUCCCCUGCCUCUGUGGAUACUAAGCUUGAAAAAAAGAAGCCCAAUGAAAAUGUAUCCUUAGCCGAUAAUAGCUUAUUAGUAGAUAUUUCAGAUGCUCUUAGUGAAAAAGAGAAGGUGAAAUUUUCUGUCCAUACAAAAACAACUCUACCAGAAUUUCAGAAGUCACAAUUUUCGGUAGUGCGUCAGCAUGAAGAGUUUGUUUGGCUCCAUGAUAGAUAUGAAGAGAAUGAGGAAUAUGCUGGUUAUAUUAUACCCCCAGCACCACCAAGACCAGAUUUUGAUGCAUCCCGUGAAAAGCUUCAGCGCCUCGGAGAAGGGGAGGGUGCGCUAACAAGAGAGGAGUUCCUCAAGAUGAAGGAAGAGUUAGAGGAUGAAUAUCUGGCAACAUUCAAGAAAACCGUAGCGAUGCAUGAAGUAUUCCUGCAGCGUCUCGCUGCUCACCCGGUGUUCAGGAAUGAUGCUCAUUUACGUGUCUUUUUGGAAUACGAGCAGGAUCUAUGUGCUAAGCCUCGAGGGAAAAUGGACCUUAUUGGUGGAUUGAUGAGGUCUAUGACAACAACAACAGAUGAGAUCUACUUGGGCGCGACCGUACGUGACGUCAAUGACUUCUUUGAACAGGAAACUGCUUUCCUACAAGAAUACUAUUCACAUCUCAAAGAAGCUGUUGUUAAAGUCGACCGUAUGACAACCAAACAUAAGGAGGUAGCGGACGCACACAUCAAGUUGUCGUCAUGCCUGACGCAGCUCGGCACCAGCGAGCAGCCUGCCACUGAGCGCUUCCUCACGCGCGCUUCUGAGACAUUCGAGAAGUGCAGGAAAAUUGAAGGUCGUAUGGCGUCAGACCAGGAUUUAAAACUGGCAGACACCCUGCGGUACUACAUGCGUGAUGCUCACGCCGCUAAAGCCGUCCUCGUCCGGAGACUGAGAUGUCUGGCAGCUUAUGAAGCAGCGAAUAGAAACUUGGAGCGCGCUCGAGCAAAGAAUAAGGAUGUUCAUGCAGCAGAGCAAGUGCAAGCAGACGCAUGCGCUCGAUUUGAGCAGCUAUCGGCGCGCGCUCGCGAGGAAUUGCUAGAUUUCCGUACAAGGCGCGUCGCUGCUUUUCGAAAAAGUUUAAUCGAUCUCGCGGAGUUGGAGAUAAAACAUGCGGCAGCUCAGCAGGAACUGUUUAGGAAGUCUCUGCAGAUGUUGAGGGAGUGUCAGUAACUGGCCACGCCCACUGAAACAAGGCAUGUAUGUAAAGGUACAGAAUUGGUUUGCACCAUAUCUUGCAAAUUCGUUUGCAUUACUUACGUUUUUUUCAUUAUAUUUUGGCUAGUAACAUAUAACUUUUGAUUCUUGUUAAUGUCAUUUUAUUAGACAAAAAAACAAUCAUUUAUUUCUGUUAAGGACAUUAACUCCUUAUUAUAAACUUGUGUUUUAUGAAUAAAUAGAUACAAUAGUUUGAUUGCCUUGUUCUUUCCAUAUGUAUGAAUUUAUAGUGACAUUGACAAGAUGCAAGUAGAUAUUUCAGCUAUCAAUUUUUUGUAACUUGAUUUUACUGUUAGCGUAAGUUUGCCGAUGACACCCACAAACAUCAACCGUGUUCGUCAGCUGUUAACGCGUGACGUCAUGAGUUCAUCGGCAAAGCUACGCCUAAGUAAUAUGUAUAUUUGUACUAUUUGUUAGUCGUAAUUUGGUGUCAAUAAGUUGAUCUGAAGAUAAACGUAAAUUCCACUGUUACAUCUGUCUAAAUAUGUUCUCUCUUUUUGAGCGGGCACGUACCUUUGACUAAACUAUCGCACAACUGUUGUGCAAUUGUCGAAAUUGCAGCCAAUUUAACUGUUUUGCAUAUCUAAA